AUGGUAACCCAACUGGACCCGCUAGUAGUGGGGGAAGAAGCAGAGCUUGGUCAAGUGAAUAACACAAUGGUAUGCGACACCAGGGGUGAAAUCAACAAUAACAAGCGGGUCCAGUGCUCGCCGACUGUGUGGGCUGCCACGGAAAGGUCAAGCAGCGCGCAAAUAUUUUGCGCUGCCCCUCCACUGCUUGUUUACCUUCAACUUGGCCUUUUGCUUUCCGAGCACCUUACAACCUUUUUCUCUUCUCCUUGUGCCUCUCUUCUCUCCUCCCUCCAACUUUGCUUCCUUCUCUUUGUGACUCUUCUCUUUUCUCACCUUUUCCACAACGUCCCAUUUUUUCAAGGAAAAACACCAGCCAGCCCCGCCAAACCCAACAAAAUGGCGACCAUGUUUAUGCAAGCUGGUGCCCCAGGCGGUGAUGCCCCUUCAUCUGGAGGCGGCCGCCGCGGGAAUCGCUACGAUCCUGGGCCAUACUACAACUGGGACGACCCUGAAGAAGAGGAGGAGACCGAAUACGAAAAUGGGAACAUCUACUACCGCUGCCGUUUUUGUCAACAGCCCAUCAAAGGUCGCCGGACAAACACAAAAAGACAUCACAUCACCUGUCAUGGCCGUGACCAUCGGAACCGCCAUCAAUGGGCCAUCGACGUUGGAAAUGGCCAAGGUCGUCCUAGGAAGGUCCGGAAGCCUCGCAAGGCCAGAGCUCCUCGGCACGUCUCAAGUCGUUCACUAGCCGAGCAGCAACCGACCUCUAAGCCGCCCAACCGUUCGCAAGCCGCCGAGACAGCGCUUCCAGCCGCGCCGCCAUUCAUCCCAGCUCAGCAACAGCAUGUGAUGUAUGCCACCGACCAUUUCAAGAGCCAGUACCCCUUGUGGCCUCUCGAGAGGCAUGGCGCAGUUGUUGAGGUACCAUAUUGGGUGUCACAAGCCCGUGGAUAUGGACAAGGAUAUGAAGAGGAGGAACGCCUGAAUGAGGCUUCCUUGGAAGAGGGUCCCCCGUCAACCGAUUACAACAACGACAUGAGCCGGGCCUCGAUCCCGGAUUACUUGGUCGACCCGACCCUUCCAGUGCACGAGAGUGCUCCCCCACGUCCAGGGCCCAGUUGUUAA